AUGGAUUCAAAGAAUUAAUGGAACUAAAAAUCAUCAGUACAAGAAUUUGGAAUACAAAAAUCAAGUGUGGCUAAGCCAGUGCAUCAAUAACCAAAGCCAACACAACAGGUGGCUCCUAAGAAUGAGCAUGAUCCGAAUCAGCUUGUGCGUAGAGUGACGAAAAGGAAUAUUGCAAUCAAAAAGUCAAUAGCCACAAACGAAGGCACUAUCUAUGAGACAUUUGAUCCAUUAAUGAAGCCAUAGACUCCAUAGGAUAUUGGAUUUAUCGUAAAAUGCUUUUAAUCUCAUUUUGUGUUUUCGUCCAUGAAUGAAACUUAAUUAGUGCAAUUAGCCAAAAGUAUGUUCUAUUGUAGAUUGGUGAUUGGAUAAACUAUAAUAAAAUAAGGGGAUGGUGCUAGUUCAUUUUUUGUGUUGGAAAAGGGUAAAAUAAAUGUGCUGGUUGAUGGAAUCUCUAGAAAAUAAUUAACCUAAGGAAAUGGGUUUGGUGAAUUGGCAUUGUUAUACAAUGCUCCAAGAUCAGCAACAUGUGUGGCAAUGGAAGAGUGCUUUUUAUGGGGAAUAGACAGACAUACUUUUAGAAAAAGUGUGGAAAAUGUAAUGAGGAGUGAGCAAGAGAAGAAUAGAUAGCUAUUAGAAUAAGUUAAGUUUUUCAAUUAAUUGACGAAGGAUUAAAAAGAUGCCAUUGCAGGAGUGUUGAUUUUGUAAAAGUUUAAUCAAAAUGAAAUUAUUGUAAAUGAAGGAGAUCAAGCUAGCUCAUUUUAUAUCAUAGUUGAGGGCAAAUGUGGAGUCUUCAAUAAGGAAGAUGUUUAGAUUGCAACUCUGAAUCCCAAAGACUCAUUUGGUGAAUCCGCAUUGAAACAUGACAAUCAGAUUAGAAUGAUGACUAUAAAGGCAAUAGAAAAGGAUACCAAAGUAGUGGCUUUGGGAAAAGAUAUGAUUACAUAAAUUCUAGGGGAUAAAGUGCAAUAUAUAAUUUAUAAGAAUAUUUGUAAAUGGGCAUUGAAUAGAUCAAAAUUAUUUGGCAAAAUUCCAGCUUCAGUUUAAGACAAAUUAAUCGAAGGAGUUAUUUAUAGGAAAUUCACUGCAGGAUAGAAGGUAAUUAAUAAAGGGGAUAAAGUCGGAUAUUUAUAUAUAGCUUUGGAAGGCAAUGUGUUGGAUGAUCAGAAGAAUGUUAUUGCUAAUAAUAUCUUGAAUGAAGAAUCUCUGUAUGACGAAGUUACCAAUACUAAGCAUUCGCAAUCCUAUACGAUGGAGACUGAAGGACAUGUGGCUGUCAUCGAUUAUGAUAAAUAUCGAACUACAUAUGGAAGCGUUGAAAAACUAUAAGAAAAAGACUAAAGCAAUCUUCAUUCUGAAGAACACUAAUAAUCCUAUGAUCUAGUCAAAUAGUUUUAAUUGAAAGAACUGAUUUUCUUAAAUAAACUAGGUUCUGGAUAGUUUGGAUCUGUCUAUCUCUGUAGGAAUAAAAACUAGGAGACUUUAUUUGCACUCAAAUACGUCACCAGAGCUCAUAUUCAAUAAUACGGAAUCCAAAAACAUGUCUAAUAGGAAAAGUCGGUCUUGGAAAUUAUGAAUCACCAAUUCAUACUUAAAUUUUAUCGAUCAUUUAAAGAUGCUGAAAACAUAUACUUUCUCACUGAGUAUAUAGCAGGAGAAGAACUAUUUGACGCAAUUAGAGAAAUUGGAUUACUGGGCAAAUACGACUCUUAAUUUUACACUGCUCAAAUGAUACUACAAAUGGAGUAUCUACACACUGUCCAUCAGAUUGUUUAUAGAGAUAUUAAGCCAGAAAAUGUUAUGGUUGAUUAAUUUGGUUACCUAAAGUUAAUUGAUAUGGGUACUGCAAAAAGUCUCAAAAAUGUUUCUCCUCCUAAAACAUUCACUAUUAUAGGAACUCCUCAUUAUAUGGCUCCUGAGGUUAUCUCUGGUAAGGGUUACGGGUACUUUGCAGAUCUGUGGAGUGUUGGAUGUUGUCUCUAUGAAUUUUUAUGUGGAGGUCUUCCCUUUGGAGAAGAAUAAGAAGAUCCAUUCGAAAUCUAUAAAGAAAUCGUAAAGAAUCCUCUGCAUUAUCCAUCAUAUAUUACUGAUAAGACAGCUAAAACUAUUAUUGAAUAGUUGCUGAAUAAGAUCCCUGAAUGCAGGUUGGGAGGAUCCUAUUCCUCUCUCAAAAACAAUUAAUGGUUCUCUGAUUUUGAUUGGAAUAAAUUAAUGUAGCGUCAACUAUAGCCUCCAUUAAUUCCGAAGAAAGAGAAACUAAUGAAUGAAACACAAAUAUAGGAAUAAUUGAAAAAGAAUAUUUUGGUUAUAGAUUAGAUCUAAAAGGAUACGAUGGGUUAGAAAAAGGUGUUUGCUUAACCAAAAGAUGCAGAGUGGGAUUCGAUAUUUUGA